AUGACGCCGCCGGCUGCAGCUGAAUCCUCGCUGCCUGCUUAUUCAUUUCAUGUUUCGGGUGUAUUGACACCUGCGCAUACACCCCAACCACAAGAAGAUGCUUCGCUGGCACCUGCGGAUACACCCCAGCAACCAGAUGAAGACUCACCCUAUACACCGCUACUACACCGCAAAAGGCGCAGAGCAGGGGGCCUCAAGCAUGUGGGUGCUCUGACCCUUAUCCUCCUCACCGCCGCGCUGCUGCGGCACGUACUCUCAGGUGUACGUACACCCGAAGCAAUACAGGCGGCGGUUCCCAGGCUGCGCCCCCGGCAGACCAAAGCGCUGCCACCCUCGCAGCCGCAGCUGCAGCACCUGCAGCAGCUGCAGCAGCUGCAGCAGCUGCAGCAGCUGCAGCAGUUGCCGCAGAGUAGACUGCUGCGGUCAACUGUCGAUACACUCCAAGGAGAACAAAGAAAAAAAAAAGUUGCAGUUGUUGCUCCUUUCAAUAUACAAAAAAGGCUCACACUGCUUGCUGCUGAGACAGCAGGGGGGGGCCCCCCUCUGCGUCUGGUGCGGCGACUGCAGCAGCAGCUGCAGCAGCAGCUGCAGCAGCAGCUGCUACCGGCUCUGUAUAGUGUGCCGAGUGAUAUAUCUGCAGCAGCACGAAGGCCAUACAGCAGCGAAUCAGCAGCAACAGUAGAAACAGAUUCAGCAGCACCAGCAGCAGUUGCUGCUGCUGGUGCUGCUGCUCGUGCCCGUCGCCGUUAUCUAAGUCUGCCUGGGGCCCCCAUGGGGGGCCCCCUAGAGGGGGCCCCCCAAAGAGAUAUUCAUGCAGCAACAGAAAAAAAACAAAGUCAACGAAAGCAGCAGCGCGGCGGCGAAGCAGAAAUACAAGAGAGAUGGAAAUUCCCAAAAAGAAGAAAAAUGAUGAAUACACAGCAGUUUACUGAAAAAAGUGAAAACCGGUGA